CCCAAGAGCAUUUUCUUCUUUCACAUAUUUUUCUGCCUCGCACCGCAUGGUUUCACGGAGUCUUCAGCUUGAAAAGAUGGCGGAACUUACCUGCGAGCAAGCUCGACAGAUCGUGGAUGAGAUUGGUCAGAGGAAUGGUAUCAUCACUGACAAAGAUCGAGCCGCAACGCCCCCUGCUGUUAUAAAAGCGCUACAGAGUGUUCGCAAUCAGCUUGGAAGACUUCGGCACCCCUGGACGCCAUGCGACACACCAGACGUUAGAAGGCAUGUCAUCUUCCAGUUGAUCUCCAGCGCCCGCUCAUUGCACUACAAUUGGGCAAAGAAGCAAGGAAAAGAACCCUAUUUUUCCUUGGAUGUAUCUGCGGACCGUAUCGUUAUCGACACUAAUGAUGAUGGGUGCCUGAAAAGCGACAUAGUGCAACUUUCCGAGGGCUGUUCUGCUUUCCUCCCCAAUGCCGGAACCAACAACCUGUAUGAUGCAGUUCUCCUAUAUACAGCUAGAAUUGCCAGGGAAGCCCAUGUACAGUCGGGUCCAUUUUCCUUUGCCCUUGGGCCUCGAAGUUCCGGUGACAGGCUGGGAUUUACAACCCCGGUCAACAAAGACCCGGCGGUCUUGCCCGGAGGAGUGCGAACCAGGAUAACCUUGUACCCGGCUCUGCCGGGGGGAUUUGUUCAAUUGGUGCAUGAGUUUAAGGAUAUUGCAAACGACGGUUUUGUGCUGCUCGAUCCUGAUGACACAUGCCAACCUAUGUGCAAGAAAUUUGUUUUCGUUGCCCGUCUGGAAAACUUCCAAGUAACACGUCUAACGUACGGAGUCCAAGUGCGAGACGGGGUCCUGGAGGUCACCAAAACAGAUGGGGAUCUUUUUACAUUCUCUCUAUCCUCAGUUACGGAGCGCUUCCUUCUAUACAAGCCAAUCACUCCGUCGUCGUCGUUCGAGGAGAUGGCGCUAUUGUUUCCUAUCGAUCAAGACUCAAGGCCCGUCAUACGAUCUCGGAAGGCUUACCAUAUUGUUGGUCCGUUUGCUUUCCCUAUUAUGGGAGUAGGAUUGAGCGUCGUUGUUUGUGCGACUGUGCCGAAGUUCGACCCCGUGAGCAAUGCCGACAUCGAGACUUCUAUUUUAUUACAAGAUUAUGUCAUUAACUCCUUCUGUGGUGCGAUUUCCGUCUGUCAAAAUCACUCCAUGCCUUAUGGAUGGGUCCAGUACAUUCCCAGACAGAGCGCUGUCUCACCAGCUUGGCAUAAAACAGUUCAAAGGUUACUUGAAAAACUCCGACUCGCCCCUGUUUUUCAGAGUCAGAAGGGUGUCCUUAAAAGCCUGUGUUCACUUCGGUACUUGUCCCCGAAUCAUUAUGGCGCAGAUAACGAGCCCUUGUUUGGACCUUCGGAUGACGAAUAUCACAUUUCUACCAAAUACAGUGCCUACCUCAGUUUCUUGAAGCCUCUAGGCCUCCAAGAGGUCUCAGACCACGAAGUCCUGGAAAGGCUCAAACCUAUCCUGUCAGAGCCUUUGCGCGUGCUGCUAAGUUCCGACUCACAAAAGGAACGGAUAUCGCGUAUCCUACGGCUGCUAGUAAUCUGGCUCAAGAGGAAUCCCAAUAACACUUUGUCGACUGAGAUAAGGAACUUGCCACUUAUUGAAUUGAGCAAUGGAUCUUUCAUUCGAGGAAAGGACGUAAAUUGGAUAAAAUCUGGAGCCGAUUUGGCUUUUGCAAAGGAUGAUGUCUACUUUUCGACGGACACCAACGGCAAUGACAUUCCGAAAUGUCUUGAUAUUUUGACUGUUUCGGAGGAAGCAGCCAGGGACAAAGACGCAAAAGAGCUAUUCCGUCUCCUUGGGGUUCGACAUGCAUGUCCUGAACUGGUCAUGGAGCUAAUCAGCCACCACAGCCAUGCCACCUCACAUGUGCCGACGACCGCUAGGGAUCUUAUAGCUGAGUCUAUGCACAUUCUAGGCUACGUCUAUGACAGCUGCGCCAAGGACGAUUGCCUGAGGCCGCCUUGCCUGAUGCUUUUUGAUGAGCACUGUCUGAGAAGACCGGUAUGCAGGCCCUCUUGCCCUAGGUAUUUCCCCUUCGAUGUAUAUCUCGGAACAGAUGGCGCCUACGGCACGGAAGCUAUUGCAAAAAGAUUGGAAGCGGGCUCUCUAAUUGGCCCUCGCCUUCUUCUGUUGCACCCUACCUUUCUCGAUCCAAAUCACAUAAGCAAAACGCACAUUGUCAAUGAUACGUGGAGAAUAUGGCUAGAACGGAAAGGGAUAGUACGGCAAGUUCCCCGGUUGACACAGAUGAUCAACCAUACACAGCUCUCUGAUCUAUUCAACGCAAUAAUAUCUCACCAUCCAGACCUUCUUCUUGGUAUCUUGCGAAGAUAUUGGGACACAUACGGGACAGAGGUAAAAGAAGAACCGCUCAUUGCAUCCACUAUCAGGGGAGCGAAAGUCCCGACGUUGAACGGACUGGCGAGGCUUGAUGAAUGCUACUUUCCCACCCCAGAGAUUUGUAAAUUGGUUGAGGCCGUGUCCACCACAUUGAAUAUCAAUCUUCUCAAACUACCGGAGACCUGGGGCCCGGGCAGUGAGGAGGAAUGGGGAUUUCUCCGAGAGCUCGCUGUGUCCGGUGGUGGAGCGGCGACAUCCAUGAAGGUCGUUAAAGAUCGAUUGUUAUCCACCAUGACACUGGAGGACGCCAAACCGCACUUUUUCGAAUUAUACAGAUGGAUAGCUGAGAGAUCACUCGACGACUUGUGGGAAUUUUUCGACGAUCAGAAGACCGUCUAUAUUCCGGAUAGCGGUGACGGUGCGAAGUUGGUGUGUCUCGACCAAUGCGUUUGGCAUGGUCCCUCGUGGUUGCGAACUGUGUACGCUCUUGCGUUGCAUGAGGAAUAUACGAGCGACUCGAAAAUAUGGGGCCUAUUUGCAGACACCCUCGCUGUGCGGGAUGCGGACUGGAGAACCUAUAUGACAGAAUUGAUGCACUUACAGGACGUUGGGGUAGGCUUGAUAGACGAAACGCGAAGGAUAUACAAGGCUAUCACUGGGGAUAUUUCCACGAAAGAUUUGGACAGUCUGCGGAGUCAAUUCAAGCGAGACAAGAUGAUAUAUGUACCACGCUCAAAGCAGUGGUAUACACCUCAACAAUGCAUAUGGGCAUCAUUUUCAAUCGGUGAUAAGAUGUGCAUAAGUAAUGUCUAUCCCGAUAUGGAGAGCUUUUUUGUUGAGGAGCUCCAGGUGCAGCGACCUUCCAUACGUUGUUAUAUCAGCUACAUUCAGCAUCUUUGCAAAGACAAAGGAGAUGUCACAGAGGUUAUUGAGGCUCUGCGCCAUAUCAACAACCUCGGACCAACCGAGGCUGACUUGGACUGCCUCAAACUUAUCAAUUUCCUGCCCAUCGAGGGCCCCGAGGAAGAGUUCUACUGGGGAUCUGUCGCAUCCGAUUUCUUCAUCAUCGAUAGAGACGGCUGGCCCAUGCUAUUCUAUGGAGAGGUGCCGACGGUGCAGUUUCGCCUGGCAGUAGUCCAUGAAUUAGCUCCACUCUUGAAAUCUCUGGGACUAGAAAACCGCUUCAUUUCCGUCUGCGCAGCGAGGAAAACCAGCAUCUCGGAAAUGCCUUUGCAAACCUCACCGCAACUGACGACUGACUUCCGUCAAAGAUCACUGGGUUUGUCUAGAUGCAUCGCUCACUUCAACGGCGCAAAUGUACGUGCUGCUCGCGAAUUAUACGACACUUUUCAGAAAGCAUUAGUAUACGAAACUGAGCAUAUCGUCGGGGAAUGUACCUUGACUUCGCUGUCCGGUUCCAGCACAAGCAAGGAAACAUACAGCAGACUACACAUGGAAUAUCUCAACGGCAAAUUGAGCAUCUUCGUUCCCCGUGAGGCAAAUGAAAGACUGAUAUGCUACGCGACGCAACUGCCAGAGUUAUUGAUAACCUCGCUGGAAAUCAAACACCCCACUGCCCAUGGCAUAUUCGCUACAGUUCUUCAGGUACCAAUUGAGGUCGUGGACGGUAUAUUAGGGAUUCAUGGUAUUCCCGAACUAGCCGAUCUGGACCCUGUCAGCCCGGUGAUUAUCGACGAUUCGGAAUCUGUGUAUGAGGAUGCGCUAGAGGAGGUUUUCGUACCGAGGGCUUCGAUUGCUUGGGGUGGCAAGGAUCAAUUGCUGGCAUCGGGACAGUCAGAACUUCAGCUGGUUCUACGAUCCAAGGACACGGCCGUCACGAAGUAUCGCACGCUCUCAGACAGACACGAAACGACAGCCAAGGAACAUGCGGUCGGAUGAAAGAUGUAGUAGGGAUUAUCUGGACUAACUACAACUUGCCGGUGUCUACUGGCUUAAUUGGCCUACCCGUUAGGCUUUUCCUAGGUAGAGAAUUCGCCAUCCCAGAGUCAGUCCUACGUCAUUACUUGUUACAUACGUCAAAAUGCACUCAAUUAGUGGGUAGGGGUCCUACGGGGUGACCCUAGAAUUAUAAUGAAGAGUAGUGCG